AUGGCGACAAGACUCGAUCGCUUGGUGCUCCUGUUGGACACUGGGUCAACUGCUUCUGUUCGGCGUACUGCUGCUCAACAGCUGGGUGAGAUUCAAAAGCAACACCCUGGUGAACUUUACAACCUACUUUCCAGAGUUGUCGUUCACUUGCGUAGCAAAGCAUGGGAUACGCGUUGGGCUGCAGGUCUUGCACUGGAAGAAAUCGCCGCCAACGUGGAAGCAUGGAAUCCUGCCGAUCAACCAGCCGUAAAACAAGAGGACGACGAUGCGGGUCCCAAAGAAGACGAAGACACUGUACAUAAGCUUGCCUUUGCUCAAUUUGAUUUAGCAUCUGUGCUUGCACACGGCAAGCUCUUGCUAGGAUCAGCAGGCAAGGAGUACGACAUUGACUUUUCCGACAUGACGCCUCAAGAAAGGUUGGAGCUGCAGCGGCGUAAUCUUAAGGAACGGUUGGGUCUUACAAGUCAAUUUAUGGAUGUGGAUUUGGUGGACGACGCAGACUUGGUUGCAAGUAAAAAGUCCUCUGGCAAAAAGCAGCAAUCAUCAGCGCCGUCGUCACGCAAAAGCAGCCCCACACCUUCCCCAUCCACGUCAGCACAAGCACCGGCAGCACCACAGCCUGCUCCCACACCUGCAGUGACUGAAAUCAACAUGGCGGGACUUUCUGCGCGUGAACGCAAUAUGCUCAAGCGAAAAAUGAAAAACGACGCAAAAAUGAACAAAAACAAGGAAAAGGUUCGAGUGGUGGACCUCAAGGGCAAGUCCACCGCAACGCCAGUCAAAGUGGAAAAAGAUACUAAGGAUGAAUUCGAACUGACCGCCCAGCCGCAAUCGAACAAAUUUGUCGUCGAGUCCAAAAAGACGCCUCCGUCUCAGAAGAGUCAGGUCGAGCAGCAAACAUCUGUCGACUGGCCGUUCAAGAUGGCCUGCGAGCAUCUCUGCAUGGACUUGUUUGAUCCAACGUGGGAAAUCAGACAUGGUGCAGGGAUUGGUUUGCGAAGUAUCCUCAAGGCACACGGAGAAGGCGCAGGACGACGAGGCAUGUAUUCCAGUGUCGGUGUUUCCAAGGAAGCAAACGAAACAUUACACAAUGCAUGGCUGGAGGACGUAGCAAUCCGCUUGCUUUGUGUUUUCGCCCUCGACAGAUUCGCUGAUUUCGUAUCAGAUCAAGUCGUAUGUCCGGUUCGUGAGACAUGCUCUCAAACCUUGGGUGUCGUCUUGCAGUACAUGAAACCGGAAGGCGUGCAAAGGGUCCACCAGACGCUCCUGACGCUGAUCGCCCAAGACACCCCAGCGUUCGGUGGUCGAUCGAUUUGGGAAGUCCGACAUGCUGGUCUACUGGGUCUCAAGUAUGCCGUAGCAGUCCGUAAAGAUCUCGUUGAAAUGCUUGUCGACGGCACCACAGGCGCUGUAAUCCUAGGUUUGCGCGAUCCUGACGACGACGUCCGUGCCGUCAGCGCAUCAACACUGCUGCCUAUCACCGCCGAAUUUGUACGCAUGAGCAGCCAAGACCGAGUGCGCGACGUGAUUACAACGCUCUGGGACUGCCUGAUCGAUCUGAAAGACGACCUGACCGCUUCCACAGGCGCAGUGAUGGAUUUAAUUGCCAAAAUGUUCGAGCAGCCGGGCGUGAUGGAUAUCGUGCGCAGCCGAUGCUCACUUGCCGAUCUCGUUCCUCGACUGUAUCCAUUCUUCCGUCACACAAUCACGGGUGUUCGCGUUGCAGUUCUCAACACACUCUUGACGUUCCUCGAAUGCGGCACUGCAGCCGAAUGGCUUGACGAGCGCGUAUACCGGCUGGUAUUCCAGAACCUGGUCGUCGAGGAAAAGCCACCGAUAUUGGAAAAAACACUGGCGGUAUGGCGCGAUCUUACGAUUGCAGGUCGCGUGGAUACGCAGCUAGUGUUGAACGGCACUCAAAAUUGGCUCGGCAGUUGGUUCGAAGUUGCCAUGACACCCAUCGGUCAGCCCUUGGAUGUGGCACAGCACUUUUACAAACCCCCAGGCGCGUUUGGACUUGGUGGUCAAGUGACCGUUGAUACCGUGAGCGGCGGUGUCAACAAAAGGGCAUCUGGCAAGAAAGGAGCAAGGAACGGAAAACCUGGCGCUAGCAGUAUCCCAGCUAAUGACAGAGACGAAGAAACGGGUCACAACCUUGACGCUGGGAUGAUCUCGCAGGACCUUUCGUUGGUCACAGCCGAGCAGGUGAUGCGUUGUCGUGUGGCAUGUGCAGCUGCGCUCGGUAUGGCAAUGAGCAUGUGGCCCGACGAAUCGAUGGAGCUGUCGUACCAAGAAGUACUGCUUACACUUAUCAAUUCACAGUGGGCCAUUAAACGUCAGUUGGGCGCAAUGGCAGUCGAGGAGUGGGCCAAGGCCAUCCUGAAAACUCAAUACAACGCUGACUGUGUCAGCCAUGCACCGCCCGAUGCCAUCCUUGCUGCCAAGCACAAAUUCCCACGGACAUUAUCACAGGCCAUGGUCGCCAGUUUGGAUACAGGUGUUAGCCAGACGACAAGCUUCUAUUUUGAACUUGUGCAUGUGCUCAAACGAAUCCGCGGUGAAUGUCAGGCGCUUCUGAACGGAUAUGUUGAUGCCAAGGUUCCUGCAUCUGCCUUGCCGGCAUUACCAACACUCGUACUCGGCGAAGCGGCUCCAGCGCCCGAAUUACAAAUAUUCAGUAUUGAGACAGCAAGCUGGGUCGUAGGUGAAGCAUAUGAAUCGUUGCUGAUGCGAGUUCCGCGAAGCAAAGGAAAAGCUGCUGCUCUAAGCGCACUCGAAGAGCGACAGAAACGAGUAAUUGCAUCGAUUGGCUAUUACGAAGAAUUGAAGCAAAAGGUCGAAAUUCAUGUCUAUGCCAGUACAGCAGGCGCUGUAGUCGAGCUUGGCGAAUUGCCUACAAAACUAAAUCCCAUUAUCCGCAGUGUGAUGAACAGCAUCAAGUUUGAAGAAAAUGCUGACCUCCAGGAGCGUUCUGCAGCUACAUUAGCCGAUUUGGUUGCCUUGUGCUCUCGUAAUCCUAACCGAGUCAAUCCUACCGAUAAAAUUGUCAAAAAUCUGUGCACUUUCCUAUGUUCCGAUACAGUCGAAACACCUGUGCUCGAAGACAAUCAAACCCAAUCGGGCAUUCUUUCGAUUCAAAAAGAAGAUAGCAGCAACACCGGUAAGGGUGGAUCUGCCAAAGAAGCGGCAGCUGCAGCUCCUACGGCCGCACAAAAGGAAUCACAGCUGAUGAAACGAGGUGCAGAGAUCGCAUUAAGAGUCUUAUGCGAUCGGUUUGAAGGCCGCGUUUUCGAUAUCGUGCCAAAGCUGUGGGAGUGUAUGGUCGCAAAAUUGCAAUUGGUAUUUGGACAAGAUGCUGAAGGGUCCGGUGUUUCACUGGCGGAUAAAGCUAUUCAGUCUGAUCUUACAGUCGGCCAAGAAGUCAUUGAUACUCUCACCAUCGUGACAACGGUAGUGCCGUACCUGUCAUCCGACCUCUGGCCAAAGAUUGUAGGCGUAGUGCCAAUUAUCGGAAAGACUUUGCAGUCAUGCUACAAGGUGAUCCGAUACGUCGGUGCACGGUGCCUUGCAACCAUCGCUAACAGAAUCACCCCGGAAACAAUGCAAAUUGUAAUCGAGCAAGUACUGCCCUUGUUAGGCAACACGGUCAAUCAUUUACAUCGGCAAGGCACCGCAGAAUUCAUAUACUACCUUGUGCAACUACUGGACACCCGAAUUUUACCAUACACCAUCUUCCUAAUCGUUCCUGUGCUAGGUCGCAUGAGCGACACAGACGAUGCAGUGCGGUUGAUUUGCACCAACUGCUUUGCCCUUCUUAUCAGAUUGGUUCCUCUGGAAGCCGGUAUACCCGAUCCCCCAGGCAUGUCAGAGAAACUUCUCGCACACCGCGACGAGGAACGACGGUUCUUGUCACAGCUUCUGGAUAGUUCCAAGGUGGAGAACUUUGAGAUCCCCGUUAAAAUUAAGGCAGAGCUCAGAAAAUAUCAACAAGAAGGUGUCAACUGGUUGGCUUUCCUUAACAAGUUCCAUCUUCAUGGUAUCUUGUGUGAUGACAUGGGUCUUGGUAAAACGCUUCAAUCUAUCUGUAUCCUUGCAAGUGACCACUACAUGCGGGCUCAAAAACACGAAGCAACCAAGGCACCCGAUGCGGCUCACUGCCCAUCACUUGUGAUAUGUCCGCCUACCUUGACAGGACAUUGGUACCAUGAAGUGCUGCAAUACAGUGAGAAUUUAAAACCGCUCUUAUAUAUGGGUGGUCCUGCUGAGCGUAAACGGAUACGAGCGAACAUCAAGAAGCACGACGUGGUCAUCAUGUCAUAUGAUAUUAUUCGCAAUGACAUUGACGACUUGUCCCAAAUUCACUGGAACUACUGUAUACUGGACGAAGGCCACAUCAUCAAGAACGCAAAGACCAAGAUCACAAAAGCCAUCAAGACUGUCAAAUCAAACCAUCGAUUAAUUCUUUCCGGUACUCCUAUCCAAAACAACGUGCUUGAAUUAUGGUCACUGUUCGACUUUUUGAUGCCGGGUUUCCUUGGAAGUGAAAAGUUAUUCAAUGAACGAUUCGGCAAGCCAAUCCUCUCCAGCCGUGACAGCAAGAGCUCAUCAAAGGAACAAGAAGCAGGCGCUUUGGCGCUGGAGGCUCUCCACAAACAAGUUUUGCCGUUCUUACUUCGACGACUCAAAGAAGACGUGCUUCAUGAUUUACCACCCAAGAUUAUCCAGGACUACUACAGCGAUUUGAGUGAUCUUCAGAAAAAAUUAUACGAAGAAUUUGCCAAAUCACAAACAAAGCAUGCAGUCGAACAGGGUCUUGAGGAGGACACUAGCACAGCCGUCACCAAAUCCGAAGGUGGCAAAUCCGCAACACACAUCUUCCAAGCCCUGCAGUAUCUACGCAAGCUUUGCAACCAUCCACUCCUUGUAUUGAACGAAAAGCAUCCCAGCUAUGAUACCAUCAAAAGGGAUCUUGCACGUACCAACGCUUCAUUGCACGAUAUACAAAACGCACCUAAAUUACAAGCGCUCAAACAAUUGCUGGGUGAAUGUGGUAUUGGUACAACCACCCCUGAGUCCGAAUCAGAUCCUGCAGCCAUGGCAGUGGGAGCUGUCAGCCAGCAUCGUGCCCUGAUUUUCUGCCAACUUAAAACCAUGCUUGACAUUAUUGAAAACGACCUUUUCAAACGGAUCAUGCCGACCGUUAGUUACAUGCGACUCGACGGCUCGGUGGAUGCGAGCAAGCGACACGAGAUUGUACAAAAGUUCAACGCAGAUCCAUCGAUUGACGUCUUACUGCUCACAACCCAUGUUGGUGGUCUUGGUCUCAACCUCACAGGUGCUGAUACUGUUAUCUUUGUGGAACACGACUGGAACCCGAUGAAAGAUUUACAGGCUAUGGAUCGUGCUCAUCGCAUCGGUCAAAAGAAGGUCGUCAACGUGUAUCGACUCAUUACUCGCGGCACUCUUGAAGAAAAGAUUAUGGGUCUCCAGAAAUUCAAGCUUAACAUUGCAAAUACCGUCGUCAAUCAACAAAACUCUGGAUUGCAAAGCAUGGAUACAGACCAGAUUCUCGAUCUAUUCAAUGUUGAGGCCGAAGGUGCUGGCGACGGCCGGCGAAAGAAGAAGGACACUGCAGCUGUAGCUACAUCAGCAGCGGAUGCCGACGGCAUGGGCAAAUCGAAGGCAGUACUAGAGAACCUUGAGAACUUGUGGGAUGAUAAGGAUUACGAAGAGGAGUAUAAUAUUGAUAGCUUUAUUAGUGGUUUGAAAUAG